UGGCGCCAACCAGCGAGAGAGGGGACAGAGGACAGUCACUGGCUUUGGCACACACUCACAAACACACACACAUACGCUGUGUAAAAUCUCCUCGUACCUUAUAGCAAGCGAUAAAGCGCCGUAGAGUUUAGUUCAUCAGUUCCUUAGGCGGUUCCAAAUAAACGAACAUUUUCUGAGCAAAUUUUCUUUGCUUCACACCUUAGAUAUCCCCAAGUAUGUCGUUGUGUUUUUGUUUUCGUGUUUCUUCUCUUGGUAAGCGAUAAAAAAAUCCCAAAAAAAGAAAAGAAAAAUUAAUGUGAAUGAAAGGAGAAUAGAUUGAUUAUAGAUCGUGCGCCGGAUGUUCCUGUGCAACAGCAGCAGCAGCAGCAGUAAACUAAUACAAUUUAGGAGGAAAGCUUAUUUAAAAUUUCAAAACCAAUUCCCUCAAACGUACUGACCUUUAGAAAUGAGGAGAUACAUCCCUUGUAGUAGGAAGCGAUGUAUGCGAUGGUUGGAAGUGGCGAAGUGCGAGCGCAUUUCGAGUACUCUUAGCGGCGAGUCAAGUUUACUGAAGCAUGAAAAAAACAUAUGUAUAUUCACCAUUCGAAAAGAACUGAACCUCUCCUACUUUUGUUUUGCAUCUAUAUGUACGUUAAUUUAUUAGUUUUCGCUUAAGAAAUGCCCGGAUUUCGGCUUAGAUCCGAUUGCUUCUAAAAUCUGUAAAGAAAAGGAAAAAAAAAAACUAUCGAUGCCUGGAUCGGCAACUACGCGUGUGGCAGUGGUAGCACUAUGCGCGUGAACAGACUGCAUCACAGGCGGCUAUGGGCGAUGUAGAGGAAUGCCAUGUUACCCUUUCACCUUCACCUUCGGAACAACAGCAAAGAAAAUGCUCCUUACCGUAGCAUAGUAACCAUGACUCAUUCACAAGAGUGAACAAGCAAAAACAUUAGCAGAUUCGAACAUUACAAUUACGGUGUGUAUCCCGGGUGGUGAAAGGGUCGGCAAUAUAAACACUCGCACAUCACUGUACGCUGUAUGUGUGUGUUUGAAAGAAUCCAAAAAAAGAAAAAUCCACGCCUCAUUACUCAUUAUCGCUGAAUAAAGCA